AUGACAUCCGCCAAACAUGUAGCUGAGGGUGGUCCUGAAGCUCUUCGUGCACUAUUCAAUACUAUCGAACCAGGCGCCGACAAAAACAUCUCCCCGGAGGCCCUUCAGCGGCUUUCUGAGAAACUAACUGAGUUCUCAGGAGGGAUGGAUGCUGCAAAGGAUCCCUUGAAUAUAAACCGUGGGGGUGAGCAUGUAAAUGAAGAAGGCCUCCCCAUUAUCGAUAUUAACGAGCCUGACUUCGAGAUCGGAUCAUCUUCGAACAAGCCAUUUGCUGAACCUGAUCUCAUUCCACUGUCUUCGCUGUCUCCUGCAGAAGUUGAAGUCCGAAAACGCGAACGGAACCGUGUAUUGGAUAUGCUCGAGGCGGAGGAGGAAAUGCUGGAGCGAAAAUCAAACGAGGCAGAAAAAGAACGACGACGCGAGGCUCUUCAGAACAUGAAGGAAGCCGGCCGUGAAGGAGUUAAGAAUUUUGCCCAAACGCGGGAAAUGCAGAAGAAGAUGGGGAAAGCGCUGUUGCGUAACAUGGCAGCGGCCAGGGAGAAGGAAGAAAAAGAGAAAGCUGAGAAAGAGGCAGAAGAUUUGCGAAAGGAAAAGGCAAGGACGAAGAAAGGACCUCAGAAGACAGUUACGUUUGCUGUACCCGAGAAGGAGGACGACAAGGAGGAAGAGAAUGUGGAGCAUGAAUGGGGCGACGUGGCUCAAGGAAGACUGACUUCGACCAAACGACCCACACUGCUUUCAAAAUUCAAUGAUAGCACUCUCCCCAUGAAGAUGUCGGUUGUUGAGCGACCGCCUGGCCAGUCAAACUCACCUCCAGAGACGCCCCAAAAUCUGGCUGACUCCGAUGACGAAUCCGAGCCUCCACUAUCUGAAGGCGGGUCGUCAUCGGAUAAUCCUUCUGAUGCAGAUGAAGAUGUGGAAGAGGGUUUCGACAUGGACUAUGCUCAACACCAGCGCGAAAUUGCCUUGGAGUACCACAAGAAACGAGAGACCAUUGGCCGCGAUGUCUCUCUUGCCAUGCGGUCACACACACAUGAAGAAGACGAAGAGGAGCAACCAAGCAGUUCCGCGCCCAAGAAGAAAACGCCAUUAUCCCAUUUCAAAUCUGAACGACUCGCAUCCUCCUAUGGCGCUUCUGCCCCCUCAUCAUCCUUGUCUCCCACCUCCCAGUCUCUCGGCGCUUCCAUCCUCCCUGCUUCAGGCGCCGAGACCCUACGGAACGCCAUUCGCGUGGGAAAACUCGACUCAGAGAACCGGCUCGUGGGAACGGAGAGCGACAGCGAAGGAGACAACGAGGAGGCCCAAGAAAUCAUCCGACUUCUUGAGAAGGGCGAAGCGUAUAACGCCGGUCCGAGCAAGGUGCAGAGUAGUACAAAUGACUCUAUCCUCCCCGAAAAUCUUCCCCCACUCCUACCAAAAACGAAACCAUCAAAGUUUAAGGCAGCACGGUCACAGGCUGGGAGACCAGCUACGCCUUCGUCUCAGAGUGAUUCAUCCACACCUGUAUCGAAUGUAGCGAGGUCGUCGCCCAAACUCCCACCUGCUAUUAAAAAUGUUCCUCCCUCUGCCACGGUCAUAGACUCACCGUCUUUUCCUGCAGGAGACGUGAUGUCCAUGAUUGUAGAGUCGCCCUCUUUCCCGCAGCCUCAACCUGCACCAACAUCACGCCCGAUGGUGGUGUCGUCUGCAGUAAGGGAGUCAUCGCAGCCUCCGAGGCGAGAGUCAUCUCGUCCUCAAAGGCCGCCUACCGUAGUACCUGUGUCUUCCCUGGUGAAAGAAACUAAUCCAUCUGGUAGUCAACCGGUCGGAGAACCCAAACCGUUCAAGAAAGUAUCAAGAUUUAUGGCAGAGAGAUCGUAG